CGCCCCUUCACCACGAGCGUGAGCUUCUGGUCGUCCUCGGCAUCGCCAUCAUCCUCGCCAAAGUCAAAAUCGAGACCGCAGGCAAGCAGACCAUCGGCGCCGCCCCCGCCGUUCGAGCUCGUACCGACAUGUCCGUCGCCGACGUGCGAGUGCGCCGCGACGCCGGCGAUGCCCGAGGGCUUGGACAUUGACUUCAAGAGCCCGCUCAACGGCGUCGUCUCGGGGUAUGCCGAGCAGGUGCUCGUGUGCACGGGGCAGGACGACUGGGUGUCGAGGAUCGAGGAGGAGAACAGCGGGGAUAACCUCGCGGCGGAUUUGAAGGAGUUGUUUGGCCGCGGGGGGGAGUAUAGCGAUCCCUGGCACAACAUCUCAACCCUAAACGCCUCCUUCCCCUCCUCCGUGCCCAAACGGAGCGAGCUGCAGACCACGAGCGCCUACCUCCUCCCGAGCUUCAAGUACGUGCCCUUCCUACCGCGCGUCAGCUUCGACAGCGUCCAGGCGCUCGCAAAGGGCUACCUGCUCCCGGAGAAGCUGCACAAGAUGCACGACGGGAGCCUGUCGCCCGUCCACCGGGACCGGCUGACGCGCAAGGACGCCUACCGGUCGCUGCUGUACGGGGUCCGGGACGUGGAGGAGGUGCUGGUUCUGAUUUGCGGGCAUGGCGGGCGGGAUAUGCGGUGCGGCGUCAUGGGGCCCGUGUUGAGGGAUGAGUUUGAGAGGAGGUUUGAGGGGGUUGGGGUUGGUGUUUUGAGGGGGCCUGUUGUGGUUGAUGAGAGUGGCGAGGAGACUGGGAGGAUUGCGGCGCCUGAGGUGUCUGAGGGUGAGGGCGACGGUGGUGAGAGGAGGUAUCAGAAGAUGUCGGCGAGGGUUGGGUUGAUUAGCCAUAUUGGCGGGCACAAGUUUGCGGGGAACAUCAUCAUCUAUAUCCCCCCGGGGCAGCUUAUGGCGGAUGGGGAGAAGCAUCCUCUCGCUGGGAAGGGGAUCUGGUAUGGUCGGGUUGAGCCGAAGCACGUUGAGGGUAUCGUUAACGAGACGGUUCUCGGGGGCCGAGUUGUUGCUGACAUGUUCCGGGGUGGUAUUGAUGAGGAUAGAAAGAUCGUUAGACUCUGAUAGGGUGGACGUAUUUGUGUAGUGAAGCUGGCUGAGUGUAAGAGUGGCUUGUAUCAUAACAUAGAGUGUUGGACAUCUCCACGAUGACCCAAGGUGGUCUGACAUUCUCAGACUUGGUAGAGAUUUCAGUAUCCCAGAUGCAGACUCUCUAGAUUCGCAUGAGACUCCAGGGGUAGAAACGUUUUCAUCCCCACAAAAGACCGCCUACGAGAUACCCAAAUGCUAUAUAACCAGGGUUCUCGGCCCCUCC